AUGACUUUCGAUGUCUCCACAUUCAACAUUCCCAUUCAGCAACAAGCCUCAAGCUUGACACUUCGACACUCACAAUCUACAUACGGCAUAGUGAGUUUGAACGAAACGCUUCCUCCAUUUAUGGCUCGCAAUUACACUCUGGCGCCCUUCAGGAUGUCCGCAGAAGAUGAGCUGGGCAACAUGCCACAGGGACAAGAGUCUUGGACUGUUCCAACAACCAUGUACUCGUUGGAUCUUUACUGUGAGAACGCCUCGCAUCAAGCCGACAACUCGAAAAAGAUCUUCUAUGUGAGCAAUAGCGGUUGCAACUUCACGCUAGGGCCUACAGGAAACUUGACGGUCGGUGAAGACAUCGGUUAUGGCACUGAGGCGCUUUCGAUAAAACAAUACGUCGGCCAGUACGCUGGUUAUUGGAAUCGAGGAGGCUUCGCAGACUAUUCAUUAGACCGUUAUUGUCCAGAAACGGCUAAUCAUACCUUUUUCGCCGCUUUUUCGAAGAGCAAGCCCGUAUCCGCGACUAUCGACAUGGCAAGCAAAAGUCCGCUGGAAGUUCAUCCUGUAGGAGAGAAGCGUCUACUUUCGUCAGGUGUCUUUAAUACUUCGACGUUUGAGCAGCUGCUGAACGAACUCUCCUUCGGGCACGAAGUCCGUGGCGACAAUCUGCCUGCAAAAUCGGCUCCAAGAUAUCUAGAGCCUGUGGCGAAGACGAAUCUCAGCCUUACCAGUGGAACAGGUGGUCUGACACAAGCUAUGGUUGGUCUAUCCGUUGGUAUUGGUGAUCUACCUUUGGAAGAUUAUCUCGACUGGAAGACACUCAGUAGGUCUUACGCAGACGCUUACCGACUAAGCUUUGCUCGCGCGAUGGUCGAUGUACUUGGUACCGGAUUUCAGUCGUCUCAGAACACGACUGGAGAACGUCGGGUGACCACAGAAGCUGUCGUGCUCGAGCCUGUGUUCGUAUACAUUGUAGAGGGCUUCUUGGGUGUGGUCUCUGUAGCAACACUGGCGUUGCUUUACCUGACAUGCACACGCAUCCGUAAACUUGGCACAGACCCCAACACGAUCGCCAGCAUCAUGGCCAUUGUUUCCGACAGUCAACAGCUACUCUCUGAAUUCUCCGAGUUAGACUGCUGCACAGUCGACGAUGUGCAGAACGCUGUUGGGCAAAAGCGCUACAAGCUUAUCCGUGAUGGAGCCAGUAACAGUAUCAUCGAGAUCGAUCAACACGGCGCCGUUGAUUACACGGAUAGGCACCCAGUCUCCCUCGGCAUACGGCGAAACACGGACAUUGCGAAGCCUGUACGACCUCGUGAGUUCAGUCUCUGGGUAGCCGGCCCGUUCGUCAACCUGUUCAUCAUUCUGGCGAUUGCUCUUGGGGUCAUCUAUUCGAAGGCACGCGUAAAUGGUCUACCUUUGCCUUCGAAGAACAGCUUAGUGCAAAACAUCUUGGAGAACUAUAUCCCCACGGCUAUCGCGACUAUGAUUGAGCCGAUGUGGGUCUUGAUCAACAGGCUGCUAUGCAUGCUUCAGCCUUUGGAAGAGUUACACGGGUGCAACGCAAAAGCGAACAAGUCCAUUGACUUGAACUACAACUCCUUGCCGCCGCAACUCGUCAUCUUCAAGGCGCUCAAGUCGAAGCAUUUUGUUCUUGCUGCGGUCUGUUCAAUGGCGUUGCUUGCGAAUCUCUUCGCGGUUUCACUCUCAGGGCUUUUCGAUCAAGCAACGAUAGACAUGCGACAUCCCACCAGCUUUGCACCGCCAUACGACCUCAAAUUUGUUCCAAUCAACGGUAGUAUUGGUCCGGCGAGUGGAUCAACAUUUGGUUCGCUCAAUUUUUCGGGUGCGUACCGAGGUGGCAACGGGGAAGACCAGUUCUUAGUUGCAGAGUCAAACUACACUAGAGGCACGCCGCUACCCUCUUGGACCGAUGAGUCAAUGUUUUAUCUGCCUCUGUUCGAAGGCAACAUCGACGACCAUAGCGCUCACGCCAAUGGCAGCCUGUACGAGGCUGUCACUCAGGCCUUUGGAGCCGACCUAGACUGUACCCAACUAGAGAUGGGCCAUGGAUUCGAGGCCGCCUUGCUCAUGGAAGAGUCGGGUGGCACCUUCUCCAGUCAUGCGGCUAUCAACCUCACCGUACCAACUGACUCAGGCGAUGUCCAAUGCUCAAGCCUUACUAGCCUCGCGAUCAGCCCUGGCCCUAUAAGGGAGAAAUCUGUCUGUGUCGAUGGUCCUGGCGCUUUGGAGUUAGUCGUUCAACUACAGGCGGGCAUUAAUGCAACACAGGAAGAAACCGACGCCUGCAUGCGUCCUGUCGUCCUAGGCUGGUUGCGUGACCCCCAGGGCUCAUGCCCCUUCGGUCGGGGCCUAACGCUGACCAAAAACAAUUCGAUCUUUAUUCAAUGCCAGCCUAGGCUGGUAGUUGGUAGUGCAAAGGUGCGCGUUGACCCUAGUGGGCGCCUACAGCACAAGCCCGAACUGGUCAAUGUCGAUACUGUCGAUGUCAAAAGGAACUCGGAGAACUAUUUCAGCAACGACCCUAUCAACCUCAUUGGUCAAUCUGGACGUUACCUGUUCAAGUUUGAUGCGGCAGAGUGGCAUAACGACACGUUUGCUGAUGACUUCAUCAACUAUUUCAUCCGCCGAGCUAGCAAUAGCACUCGAUUGAUCGACCCCGCACAAAGUGUGCCUUCGUUCGACGACAUCAUUAGUCCGCUUAAGAAGACCUACUCCAAUCUCUUCGCGAUCUGGUUGGGCACCAAUAAAGACAACCUCUUCAUUCGACGAGCGGACGAUGGUGCGAACCUGAUCACUGCUUGGAGAGUUGAGCCAGAACAACGACUGUUCGUAUCAAAGCCCAUGUUCGCUAUCGCAGAAGCCAUUCUCUGCACCUACGCAAUCGUCGCAAUUAUGGUCUACCUGCGAAGACCUGGUCAAUACUUGGCCCGUCUACCAACAUCCAUUGCUGCAGUAAUUGCUUUGUUCGCGGCCAGUGGUGCUGUACAAGACAUGAGAGAUACAUCACAUCUUGACGCGAAAGGCCGCUCGAGACAUCUGCAAGAAGUCGAUGCACGCUACGGAUAUGGCAGCUACAUUGGAGCAGAUGGGAGGGUACAUAUCGGUAUUGAGAAGACUCCUUUUGUGAAAGUGAGGUCUAAGAGCACCUGGUUCGAAAAGAAGUUGCCCGUCUUCCGAAAAACGUCCGCGGGAGUUUAA